AUGAGUUUGGGGAAAAUCGAUGUGCGUAGUCCUGCAUUUCUGUUGCCUUUUCUCGUCGCGAUCAUUUUCAUCGGCGCCGAUGCGGAGAAGAUGAUGUGGAAUAAAAUGGAGGAUAUCGUUUUUGGAAACGAGAACGCCACGGCACAACUGCUGAGGCUUCUCUUCCACGAUUGCUUUAUUCAGAAAACGCAACGCGACUCUUUAAGCCAUGAGAUACAAGAUCAAUGCGGGGAUGAAGUUAUUCCGACAAUGGUUUGUAUUGUGAUUACUUUUCUUCCAAUAAAGCCUAUAAAACCAAGAUGUGGACUCAAGCGUGGACCGGCUGGACGGUUGGUGGUCCGCUUAUCGCGACUAGCUAUGACUAUGAUGCACCUCUUGAUGAAUAUGGUGAACACACAAAUUUUUCAAAUUGGAAUAAGAGAGCUGCCUGUAAAGUCUAUUUCACUCAAUGAUAGUGUCAACUUCCAUAACAGUUAUAUGGGUCAUGUUUUCAAAUCAAUGUCUCGUUUGCAGUCUUACAACAAGGAGGCUGCUUCACACGAAGAGAAUUCAUUCACGAUGGUUGGGUUAUUGGAGCAGAUUAAUAACACCAGAGACAACACAGACUAUUUAUGGUACACGACAGAGUAAGUGCACUUGUACCUUUUUUCAGUGACCAUGAUGUCUCACAUUCCAACAAAGACAUUCACUCGAACAAACAUUAGACCACGUUUUGGUUUCUGGUAUGUGACCCUUUUUAUUUUGUCUCUGUUGUCCAGUGUGACAACUGACUCAAACAAAGAAUUUGUAAGUGGCCCGUGCUUGCAGUGCUUUCUGCUAGCCAUGCAUUGCAUGUGUUUAUAAACAGACAUUUAUCAGGUUAGGGACGAAUAAUACUGUAAUGGGUAUUCACUAGAUACUUGCCAAGUGCUACUGUUGUCUUGGCUUGUAUAACAUGUCCUCCUUGUAUAGAGUCAUAUAAACUAAAAUAAUUUCAUGACAAAAUAACAAUGGUAUAGUUCAAUAAUUACAAAUACUAAUUGAGGUUUAUCCUGGUUUUGUUGGAUUGUCUUGUAAUAUUUAAAUAUCCACUUGAUAUAAAAUUUCUGGUUUUCUAAGCAGCUAAAAAUAUCAACGAGAUAUAAAUUUAUACUAUACUGGACAUUUUUCAAUAAUAUGUUGAACCUGGUGGGUUGUUUUUGUUAUUAGUCCCUAUAAUAUGAUCCGAGGAGCAGUAUAAUAGUAGCUGGGCUGUGUUUUAAUUCACUUAUCUUUAUUCUUUUGCUUACUCACAGGAACUUUUUAUGGAAGUCUAGAAAAUUCCAGAUUUACUUUCAGUGAAGGCAUGAAUCUAAAAUCUUGAGUGAACAAAAUUUUUCUCCUCAGCAUUGCCGUUGGUCUUUCAGUUUGCCUUCUUUUCAUAUUCUCCACCCUAAUGCCAGCAUUCUUCACUAAGGCACAGCUUAUUUACAGAAAAACCCAGUUUUCAUUCAGAAAUGACAUGAGCUUUAUUACAAAAUCACUUGAGGGUAUUUGCAAGGUCGAACAUGUUUGGGUUCAUUUCAAGUUAAACUAAAUAUUAAGGCAGUAUGUAGUGUAAUAUAUGAUAUUUUCUUUUAUGCAAAAUUUUUAUUAGGCUAGGUGGCGGUGCCAUAAAGUUACAUCUUAGUAUAGAGAGCUAAAGAGGGGAACUGUAGUUGCACAAUUACAGGAGCUUAAGAUUAGGAUUCUGUAAUGUGUUAUUUUUAGAAUAGCAGGCCCCUUAUGAUUUGCACAUAUAAUAUAUUUGGUGAAACUCUCUUCAUUGAUAAUAACAGGUCAUAUAUUAUGUCUAAAAUUCUAUAGGCAUGUCUAAGAGUUUAUACACCUAACUUACUAUUGCUUUCUCGUGUUAUUGAAAAUGGGUUCUGCAGCUUGUGACCGUAACGCUUACACUCAUUAAUGGAAAGUUGGAUGACCGAGUGAAGACAAUGUAGCUGCAUUGUGAUAAGGUGUUUGAUGGCACUGGAGGACCUGAAGUUGUGGCCUUCGCUAGAAUGAAUACAAUCAGAUUCUUUUUGGUUCGCCAUUCAUCGUUCUAAUGUAAUCGUGAAAAGAAGUACUACCAAAAUCAUAUGAAUCUAAAUAACGCUGGCCUUUGCAAACUUCAACAAUGCCUUUGUAUGGUUCGCUUAAUUAUUGAGGUCAGCCUGAAUAUUAUUAUGCUCCCUCCGAGUGCUCUUCUUGAGUGCUUGUUUGAUUUGGAGAUAAUAGCCUGAACUUUCUUUCUUUGUUAAAAUGAAAGUAAUGGAAUUGGAUUGACAUCUUUGACUUGUGGCUCUCCCUUCUUGAUCGACGGUGAAGUCAUGUUUGAUGAAAAUGUAGAAAAUGGUUGAAAUUAAUCUUCGACUUAUGGCCAACUGGAGGUACUGAGUUUCGAUGUAUUUGAAUUUUUUAGUUUUUUAUUUUUAUUUU